AUGUCCUUCCUCGGUGGCGCGGAGUGCUCCACGGCAGGAAACCCUCUGACACAGUUCACCAAGCACGUCCAAGAUGACAAGUCCCUCCAAAGAGACCGGCUGGUCGGCCGGGGACCAGGUAUGCAAGAAGGCAUGAGGUCACGAGGGAUGAUGGGUGGACAAGACCAGAUGAUGGACGAUUUUAUGCAACAGCCCGGACAACAAAUAAACGGCCCCUCCCCUCAGCCCUUCGCCAUGGAACACAUGCGCCGCGAGCUGGAGAACUUCCAGACCGCUCCCCCGCGCACGGGAUCACCUGGCUGGGCCGCGGAAUUCGAUCCCGGUGAGCAGGCCCGUAUGGAGGGUGCUUUUCCCGGACAGCAAAUGAACAAUACUUCCGGCUUUACGCCUGCCGAAUUCGCUCAUUUCCAGCAGCAGAGUCGCAUGGGCAUGCCCCAGAAUUCCAGCCCGGCCACCACCGCCACACCCCCACAGAUGGCGGGGUACCAACGACCCAUGGGGAUGGGUGGUGGAUAUAUGGGCGGCAUGGGCGGUAUGGGAAUGGGUAUGGGCGGUAUGGGUAUGCGGCCUAUGGGUAUGCAGUCUCCGAUGGCGCAGCAGCCGGUGGAGGGCCAGACGCAGGAUAAGGGCAAGGGCCGGAUGGUUGAGCUCGAUGAUGUGAACUGGGAGGCGCAGUUUGCCGAGAUGGAGACGGCGGGUAAUGAGACGCGUACGGAUGACGAGGCGAAUGCCGCUAUGGAGGCGGAACUGAAUGAGCUGGACAGGUCAGUGCCCUCCAAUGAUGCCUUCGAGUCUGUAUGGGAAAGGAUUCAGACUGAGACAGCUGCGAGCAGGAAACUGGCCGAGCAAGAUGACUUUGAAGUUACUGAAGACGUUCAUGUGGGCGAUCUGGGUGAUUGGGAGGGAUUCGAUAGUUUGAAUACCCGUUUCCGCGAUCCUCAGCUUGGUGAUUACAUGUUCGAGGAGGAUAAUGUGUACCAGGCUAUCAACAACCCGUUCGAGGAAGGUGUCAAGAUUAUGCGCGAAGGUGGUAACUUGUCUCUCGCAGCUUUGGCUUUCGAAGCUGCUGUUCAGAAGGACCCGCAACAUGUGCAGGCCUGGACAAUGCUGGGUUCUGCGCAGGCUCAGAACGAGAAGGAGUUGCCAGCUAUCCGUGCCUUGGAGCAGGCGCUGAAGAUUGAUGCUGGUAAUCUGGAUGCACUUAUGGGUCUGGCUGUCUCAUAUACGAACGAAGGCUACGACUCUACUGCUUACCGGACUCUUGAACGCUGGCUGUCAAACAAGUAUCCUUCCAUCAUCAACCCGAGUGAGGUUUCCGGCGACGCCGACCUAGGCUUCACAGAUCGUCAACUCUUGCACGACCGCGUCACAGAACUAUUCAUUCAAGCUGCACAGCUUUCUCCAUCCGGUGCACAGAUGGACCCCGACGUCCAGGUUGGCCUGGGUGUGCUUUUCUACUGCGCCGAGGAGUACGAAAAGGCCGUGGACUGCUUCUCUGCCGCCUUGGCCUCAACUGAGUCCGGCAGCACCAACCAGCAAGAGCAGUUGCACCUGCUCUGGAACCGUCUCGGUGCUACACUAGCCAACUCUGGUCGUUCGGAGGAGGCCAUCGAGGCGUACGAGCAAGCGCUUAACAUUAACCCCAACUUUGUCCGUGCUCGCUACAACCUCGGAGUCUCUUGUAUCAACAUCGGCUGCUACCCGGAGGCCGCACAGCACCUCCUUGGUUCCCUUUCCAUGCACCGCGUUGUCGAGCAAGAAGGCCGUGAGCGUGCUCGCGAGAUCAUCAGCGGUGGUGGACCCGAUGGCCUGGACGAUGAGCGACUGGAGCGGAUGCUCCACAUCAGUCAAAACCAGAGCACCAACCUCUACGACACACUGCGCCGGGUAUUUAGCCAGAUGGGCCGUCGUGAUUUGGCAGAUCAGGUUGUUGCGGGCAUGGAUGUCAAUGUCUUCCGCAAGGAAUUUGAAUUUUAG